AUGGACGCGUCUAAUGAUGGCUCCGAGUCGGUCGACCAGUUUCUUGCCCGAAUUGCCAGUCUGAGCUCAAAGCAGGGCCAGGAAGAAGCCGAGCGAUCAAGGAGGAUGGAGGAGGAAAUGUUGCAGGCUAGAAAAGAGCGACAGGCCAGAAGAGCAGAACGCGCUCGGUCUCUAUCCCCUUCGAAAACCGGCCCGACGCCGUCCCUGCGCCUUGCGGGAGAGAGUUCUCGAAAACCCACGCAGGGGAUCGACCCUCCGGUAUCUCUCACACCUCCUCCCCUCCAGUCUCGUACAUUCGGCCGCUCCGACUCGAUCUCUCCAAGACCGGAGCGAGCUGCGGCUUCCGGGCUCGACUUCACUCGACCUCUCCCACCUCAGCCUGCAAGCGAAAACACCUCAAUGCCCAGCCCAAUUCUUAAUACCACCGCACUCUCCAGGAGCGGGACUUUAUCGUGGCAACAGCGGCCUUCGUCGAAGGGUGUGGGCUCAAGACCCCGACCGCUCUCUGUGGCAUCCAUACCCGAUUUGACCCCUCAGAGUCCCGCUCCGUCCAAGGAUGGUGAUGAUAUGACGAGGAAAGAUAUUGCGGCUUCAUUAGGAGCCAAAGACCCUUCUUGGUUUCGUCAGACUGCUGAUCGCGGUAUUGGUUCAGCUGCGUAUCGCAAGAAUGAGAUUGAUCCAGAGCCAGCCCCAUCAUUCUCGAGUCGGACCAUGAGACUCCCAGGCAUGUCAAAAGAUUCCAGCGUCCCCGCAGAUCGCGCAAGGGAUGAUCCUGAGAAAGCGACUCCUCCAGCGUCCCCUCCGAAAUCAUCUUUCGCUCAGCCCCUGGACCAGGAACAGCUGUCAAGGCAGGAUGAUCCCAGACCAACGAGACCGCUCUCCAUGGUGUCUUUGUCGCCAUCAAAGCCUCCUGCCUUGGACCUGCCAAGUUUUACGCCUUUGGACCUUAACUCUUCGUCUGUGGCCGAGUCAUCCGGUCUGGGAAGAACAUCCAGCAUUCUGCCGUCUGCCGGACGCCCAUCUUCGCCUACCAAAGGCUUGGGCGGUUUUGUUGAGAGCGCGAUGAUGAAACGAUCAGAUAGUGUGAGUAAGAGAUGGAGCGUACAAGCGAAUGCAGGUUUGAAGCGAGGGGACUCGGUUGCCACACCUCGCCCAGCUCAAGCUUCUGGGACGUCAGGCUUUAGUCCUGGACACGGCCGUGGUCCAUCCAGAGAUGUCAGAGGCGUACGGGACGGCAUGUCAUCUCCGCUAUCAACGUCAAGGCCUGUUUCGAGUCAUGGUGCUGAACCGAUCCCUCUUACAAAAGCCCGCCCACUGAGCCGCACAGACGAUGUCCUUGCAGUACCCUCAGAAGUUGACACUGCCAAUGCGCAAGGUAACCAAGUUGGCCAUGCAGGCUCCAAAGUACAGCAACAGGGCCGCCCAACUACUCCUCCAGCGACUGAGACGCUUUUGUCUCGCAGCCCAUCCAAGACUAUGGAUCCUCGCCGCUGGAGUCCGACCAAAGCCAGUUGGCUCGAGAGUGCACUCAACAAACCAGAUUCUCCGAGAAUUACUCCAGCUAAAUCUGAAACACCUGCCUGGAUGCUCAACAUGCAGCGUGCUAAACAAGAACAGCAACAGCGAUCGUUCGAAGCUGCAGAUAAUGUACCAGCGAAGCCUGCUGUGGCCCCCAAACCUCUCAUUUCACCUCCCCUGAGGGAGUCGGCCGUGCUGAGUGAACCGGUAGUUAAGAAAGCCCCGUGCACAACAGCAGCGGAAGAAGGAGCAGACUCCGCGGAAGGCCCAGAAGAUGAGGCACCAGCACCUCGUGGCACGCCCAUCUCAGAAAUCGAACGGCCCAAGGUCGAGAAAAAGGAUGCGAAACCGGCAGUUCCUUCUAAGAGAAACGUCACCCCUAUUUCACAUGGGACAAGUUCAAACAGCAAACCUGAAUCUGCGGCGGUGGCAUCUAACGAGAACAAAGAAGAUUCGAUCGAGGCCCUGCAAACAAACACUUCUGACUUGAAGCCACCAAUUUUGAAGCCGAAACCCCAGACGCCUCCUAAGACCGACUUCAGAGCCGGUCUGAAGUCGCGCCAAGCAGCACCGGCAAGUAAUAACGAAGCAGAGCCCGAGUUCAAGGCCGUCUUCGGGAAACUGAAGAGGGCACAAACUCAGAACUAUGUCGCUCCCGACGUCUUGAAAGACAAUAUCACCAAAGGCAAGGCAGGACUGGCCGCCACGGGCGGACCACAAAAGACCAAGCGCGUGGAUGAAUUCAAAGAGAGCAUUUUACAGAAGAAAGAAGCUAUGAAGACGGGGGGUGGUUCAAUUGGAAAACGUCCGGACGCACCUAGUCCUCUUGAAAAACCUGCCCAGGCUGUCCCUGAGGCGUUGGCAAGGCGUAUGACACUGCAUAAAACUGGGCCGUCCAAUGAAAAGGUCGAAGUCUUGCAAGCAACCGAUACAGCAGUCAGGGCGGCAGUUUCCUCAUCAAAACCUCAGAGUGUUUCUGUCAAGUCAGACCCAGAGAAGCACAAUCCCCCUGUACCCGCGGGACGAGCACCGAUCUCAGCACAGAAACUACCUGCGGGCAGACCCGAGAAGUCUGAAUCUAUCUCGACGACUGUCUUGCCUGUCAAAUCAGCGCCCGAAACCCGCAGUGACGACAGCCACCCAAAAGCAGACACAUAUUCGGCUACGGCCAUCCCUGUGAUGGCGUCGACGCUCAAAACGAGAGCACCAGAAAAUAGCAAGCUUGCAGCCCGCCUCAACCCUGCACUGGCCGGCAUCUUAUCGCGAAGUGGUAGCCCCAAACCCUCCGGUGAGGCACCAUCUAACGGUGCAGCCACGAUACAAGUCCGGGAGGCCACAUUAGGGCCACGCGAGAACACGAAUGACGAUAAUGCAGAGUUAACCCACAUGACAAAGGCUCGGGCGAAGGGUCCGAAGAGAAGAGCACCUCAGAGCGGGCCAUCCUCAAAAAGGACCAGUACAACCUCUGUUCAAAGGCCGGUUGUGAGCUCUGGCACUGAUGCUCCUACAAUUUCAUCGUCAGUCUCGUCCCGACAAGCAAUCGUUGAUACAGGCAAUACCCUUCCCUUGCGGGUAUUCGGACCAAAGUCGAUUUCCAGCAGGCCUUUGGCUGAAGUUGAGGACAAGAAGCCAGCUGUGGCUGCCGCCGACGACUCAGCAUCGCAGCCAAGAUCAGAAAAGCGCAAACCAGAUGAACAGGGUGUCGGAAACGCUGCUCCAGCCGGGCCGAAGCCUAUAUCGGAGCCAGAAGUGAACCCAAAACCAAAACCAGCUGUAGCCAACAAAUCAGCCGAGCUCCGAAAAGUAUCGAGUCCUGCACUGUCAUCAGCGCACGUUGCAGAUGAAUCCGAUCCAGUCAAACCAGGCAAAUCUGCGGAGCUGAAAAUGACAUCGAAUCCUGCACUGCUACCGAAGAAUGUUCAGCAGCCGUCUCAAGCCAAGCCCUCUACGCCGAAGAAGUUCGAGGUUCUGGCGGACCGUGCACAAGUUGUGUCGCGUCCUCCCCACUUUGAGGGCCUGAGAAAGAACAGCCCUCUUUCGCCUCCGCCUGGAGUGAACUCACCUCUAACACCGAAUAAAUUUAAGAUCAAUACCCCCAAAGAACCAAAGCCCGAAGUGAACAGCUCGCUGAAGCCGUCCUCACUCUCUUCAUCUAGGGCCAAUGACCUUGGCCUUCAGCUUGCCUCUGUUUCUCAGAAGCCAACAGCCACACCCGAGUUGACGCCGCCCCCAGAGCCCGAGGCUCCAACGACCAAAUUGGCAACAUCCUCCCGGAGUCCUGCAUCUCCCACAAAGUUUGCUCGCUCGGUGAAGCCCCAGUUCGAAAGUUUCUUUGGAGUUUUGCCGCAAGCGAGAGACAAGGCCGAAUUCGACACACACGCAUUUUUGUCCUCCCAGAACAAAGCGGCAGAAAAGUCCAAGACUCUCGGCAAACAGAUUUGGGAAAUAGCCGGCGAUGGAAAGAAAGCAACCAUGCCCCCUCAACAAGAACACAUACUCUUCGAAGACUGUAUGUACCUGUGUGUGCAUACAAUGGAAUCGCCCAGCGGCUCAAAAUGUGCCGAAGUCUAUCUCUGGUGUGGUGACGAGGUCCCAGAGGCUGCUGUAGAGGAUACUCAGCUGUUUUGCCGAAAAGUUGCUCGCGAGAAUAACGCUAAACUUGAGGUGGUCAAGCAAGGCAAAGAGAGUUCCGAAUUUUUCCAGGCUCUUGGUGGGAUCGUCAUAGUCCGGAGGAGCAAGUCAGCAGCUCUAUAUAUGCUGUGUGGCAGGCGACACCUUGGACACGUUGCUUUCGACGAGGUCGAUUUAUCUGCUGAUAGCCUAUCUUCUGGACUACCGUUUCUGAUAUCGGCCAAAUUCGGAAAGCUCUAUCUCUGGAAAGGAAAGGGCAGCAACCCGGAAGAUGUGGGAUGUGCAAGGCUGAUUGGCAUGGACAUGGGGCUCACGGGUGAAAUUGAAGAAGUCUCAGAAGGUGAAGAGCCCGCCAGUUUUUGGGAAGCCUUCCCAUCCCGUCCGGGCAAGCGAGUCGCCUCUCGAGCACACAACCAGCCAAGCCAAUUUCGUGGUCAUGCUCCCAGGUUAUACCGUGUGGAGCACGACCGCCCAAAAUCGUCCGGCGGUUUCUGGGGCUUGAGGGCGUCAUCGCCACCAAAACAGCCUAUCAAGGCACUGGUGGAAGAAGUUGCCCCUUUCAGUCAGAAGGACCUUGAUCCCAACCAUAUCCACAUCCUUGACACCUAUGGGGAGCUCUAUGUCCUCGUUGGUGGGUCAGCCAAAAAGCCUGCCGAGUUUGUAACAGCUGUACAGGUCGCGCAAGAAAUUGCUGUUCUGUCUCCCUCUGUUCAGGAUAGACCUCUUUUGCCUGCUUGCUAUGUGGUGAUGGGUGAUCCUCCGGAAAACAUUAAAUCAGUCUUUCGAAAAUGGAAGCCCGAAAGAUCAGCUUCACGGGACGAGCCCGUGUGUAUACGAGUUGAAGAAGUGAUACAGGAACUAGGCAUCAUGCUGUAA